UAUUAUGAACACAUACACAUAUUGAAGACUACUUAGGCCUGAGUGGGUUUAAGGGCCCUUCUCAUAAUUGGCACUUCAGAUUACUGCUCAAAUAAAAAAGAUUCGUGGACUUCUUUUUUUUUUACAUGCCGUAUUUAUUCUGCACAUCAUAAAAUUUCCUUUUGUCUGCUCUACAAGUACAACUUUGAUUAUUAUGGGAUAGUCAGUGUUAUGCUGUUGCAUUCACUCACAUUGACAUUUGCUCUGUGAGGGGCAUUGUGGAAGUCCCCGCUCUCCCUGGUUUUUUACUGCCUAUCACCGAUGGUUACCCACAUAAUCGGACGAUUUUGUAGAAAUGCAGGUGAUUCAGUUGGGCACGGCGGAUUACAUUGUUCCUGUUGCUGUUCUCUAAAACCGGAAGGUGUCAGCUUCCUGAAUAGAGUGAUUAUCACCAGAGUCUGAGGUUAUCAGUCAUGGCUUACGGGGCAUUUAAAACACCACAGUCCCUGUUAGAAGAUGUAGACGGAAACGAAGAUGUGGAGUCCUUACAUACUGGCGGUGUGAGAAGAUCGCACACAACGAGUACUCGAUUAGACACGACAACCAGACGCCGAACUGAUAACCGAGGGACGCGUGUAGGCGAGCAAAGAAAGCCAAAAGCGCAAGAACAGAAUCGUCAUGACACCGUGAGAACAGACAAGUCGAGCUCGGGUCAAAAAACAAGGUCUUCCAACGGAAUGAAGACAUCAUUCAAGGCCAGAUUUCACGUGUCUUCGGCCAACAAUCACGGUCAGAAAUCUGCACCUUCCGGUAGCAAAGUACCACAUCAGUCAGUCCAGCGCAAGGCCACGGCAGCCCCCUUCUCAGACCAAGAACUACAAAGCUUCUUGGAAGAUGAGCCCUAUGACGUUCUCUCCCAGCUUGCUAAGAGAAGCGAAAACUGCCAGUCUUUAUUAAACCAAGAUAAUAUCAGCGAACACACAUUACUCCUAACAGUCCGUGUUCUGUCUUGCUUAUGUUACCUAGAUCCCGUAGGGGAGUCUGCACACAUUAAAGAAUUGAAUGCAAUACUCAGUUUAAUUGAAUCGUCAGCUUUCCUCAGUAAGCAUUUGACUAGGUAUUUAGUCACUUUGCCAAUUAAGGAGCCGGACGAGACUGAUAAUGAUAACGCACCGGGCCCUGCUGACGCAGAGUUGGACUUGAUUCUCAAGUUACUCCAGUUGUUUUUGCAACAUAAACCUGGACGGUACUCAGAGGUAGGAGGGCCUUUGAUUCUCCUGGAGCGGGUAGUGACAACAGGCAGAUUGUUGGUGCAAUUACAGCAGUUGAAGACCAGCUACAACUCAGUGGAGCAGGCUCAGAGAUCAGCCAAGCAGCGGGCCAUGGAAAAGCCACCACCAAACAACUUCAGAGAUAUCCCAAUCUUCCCAGAAAGCAGGGAGAUUCGGCAGGUCACCAGGCCGUUCCUCAGAAAGAACAUCAUAAAGGGAAAAUAUGAGAGUGUUGAACAUUACCUGGAUGUUCAAUUCCGGCUGCUGAGAGAAGACUUCGUGGCGCCGUUGAGGGAGGGUGUUACCGAGUUCCUGACAGAUACCACCGGACGCCCUCAAGACAUCAGGAUCUACCAAAAUGUCGUUGUCCAAAACAGAACAAUGGGGGAGAAUGGUUUUAUCUACACUCUGAAUUUCGACGUCAGACCGCUGAAACGCGUGCGCUGGGAAGCGAGUAAGCGUCUCCUGUAUGGUUCCUUCGUCUGUCUCACUAAAGAUAAAUUCCACCACAUUAUCUGUGCAACGGUGGAGAACAGGAAGCCAGCAGACUUAGCGCAGGGUCUUGUAGAUGUUUGCUUCCUAACAGAUAUUGCUCCUACCAAAGGUCCCUUUAUUAUGGCAGAGUCCGCUGCUUACUUUGAGGCCUAUCGCCACGUGCUUCAGGGGCUACAGCAGAUGAACGAAAAGCGUUUCUCCUUCAGGAGAUAUAUCGUCGAUGUUGCUUCUAGUGUCGACCCACCAGCAUACCUCCGUGACUUCAGUGAUACAACGUAUGACUUUGCACUGCUGGCUCAAAAGGACUUCCUUUCACGCUGGAAGUUGUCUCAUAUCCGGGUUUUAUUCCCCGAAUGUUGGCCGCUUGCAGAGGAUCUAAACCUCGACGAAUCUCAAAAGGCCGCCCUCCAUACAGCUUUGACGAAGGAGUUUGCGAUUAUUCAGGGCCCUCCUGGAACAGGCAAGACUUACAUUGGACUGAAAAUUAUCCAGCUACUUCUGCUGAACGACUCUUGGAAAAUCAACCUAGAUUAUUCUCCUAUCCUGGUUGUGUGUUACACGAACCAUGCAUUAGAUCAGUUUCUGGAAGGAAUUAUAGCCUUCAGAGAGCAGAAUGUGGUCCGAGUGGGGAGUCGGAGCUCAAGUGAGAUACUUGAAAGCAAGAAUCUGUCUCACUUAAGAAAAGAAAGACCACGAAAAGAAGUAAGUCAGAGCGACAAAAGGGCCCUGCGUGAAACAGAUGAGGAAAUUCAGAUAUGUCUUGCAAAGCUGGAUAUACCCAAUAAAGCCUUAAUACAUAUCGAUUCUCUGAAAGAGUACAUGACAAGAGGGGAAUAUUUUGCGCUUUCUCGACGCCGUCAUAGAGGGGAACCUCAGGAAGAGGAAGCAGAAAAGUUACUCCAUUGGCUGAACGUUGUGGACGUGGAAGAUGAACGAGACUGGGCUCUACCGUCCAAUCAGAAACAGCAAGAAAGCAUGGAACGCAUUAACGUAGAAUAUGAAGGUUACAGAAUUCAGUGCGAUCGACAAAUUGACGAUUUUGACGGCCGCCGACAAACACGAGAAGAGCGCCGACAAAAACUCAAAUACGAAACAUUUAGUGAACAUGCUGCAUACCCCCUGGAAAGCAUUAAACGCUGUGGGAAAAAUCACACAAUUUUACCACAUGUGGAGCUCCGCAAGCCCGAUGUGAUGACCGACGAGGAGGCCAGUAGUGUUGAACGCGUCUGGACUCUAAAGAUUUGGGAUCGGUGGCGUUUGUACAGAUUAUGGGUUCAAAGAUACAUCAAAGAUCACGAAUCAAAACUUGGCGAGCAUCGUAAGAGGUACGAGGAAAUUGCAAAGAGGGUGCAAGAUGUACAUAUACAAGAAGAUCUUGAAAUUCUCCAAAAAGCAAACGUAGUCGGCAUGACGACCACGGGCGCAGCUAAGUUCCGUGCCGUGUUACAGCGUCUUCGUCCCGGUAUCGUAGUGGUGGAGGAGGCUGCUGAAGUUCUUGAGGCUCACAUCAUCACCACCUUGACUGCAGCAUGCCAACAUCUUAUUCUCAUCGGAGAUCACCAACAGCUGAAACCAAACCCAACUGUCUACCGCCUGGCGAGGCAGUUCAACCUGGACACCUCUCUGUUUGAGAGAAUGAUCAACAAUGGCGUGCCCUGUAACACGCUAUCGCAUCAACACCGAAUGAGACCCGAAAUCUCCUCUCUGAUGAAGAAACAUUUCUACAACAAUCUCCAUGACGACGAAUCUGUGCUGAAAAUGGAUGAUGUCAAAGGAGUAAAACAUAACAUGUUCUUCAUUGAUCAUCGAUGCCUGGAAGACGAAGAUGAUGACGACAGAAGCAAAUCGAAUCAGUACGAAGCUGAAGUCCUUGUUGAAUUGUGCAAAUACCUGUUGCGUCAAGGUUACCAACACUCACAGAUAACAAUCCUAACCACUUACACGGGGCAACUCUUCUGCUUCAGACGUCUUAUGGACAAAGCAACCUUUGAAGGUGUUCGAGUCUGCGUAGUAGACAACUUCCAGGGAGAGGAAAAUGAUAUCAUUCUGUUGUCUCUGGUACGAAGCAACGAGGAAGGAUCCAUCGGGUUCCUGCGCACUUCAAACCGCGUCUGCGUUGCAUUGUCUAGGGCUCGCAUGGGUUUCUACUGCAUCGGUAAUGCGAGCAUCUUGAAGAAGGCAGAGAUCUGGGCGAAGAUUGUAGCCACACUAGAGGAUGAGAACCAAAUCGGCUUUUCAUUGCCACUGGUCUGCCAAAAUCAUCCCGACAAAAUCACACCGGUUGCUACAGCUGAUGACUUCAAAACAAAGGUGCCGUGUGGAGGUUGUGACGGACCGUGCGAGUACAGACUGCCUUGCGGUCACGUGUGCGCUUCCCUCUGCCAUCCAGACCACUCCAAUCAUGCCGAAUACAAAUGUUGCAAACCAUGCACAAUGAAGUGCGAUCGAGGAGAGCAUCCUUGCCCACUUCUCUGCCAUGAGCAGUGCAGCCCGUGCACAAAUGUGGUUCAGAAGACGAUGCCUGGUUGUGGUCACGUGAUCCAGAUAUUCUGCCAUAGGUUGGAUGAUGUCACCUGUAUCAAGCCUUGCGAUAAAACUUUCACCGAUUGUGGCCAUCUUUGUGGGCGAAAAUGUGGUGAUAUUUGUCCGCAUCAGAAGUGCCCUAUGCCAUGCAAGAACACACAGUCAUGUGAACAUCACUGCACAAAGCCAUGCGGUCAGUCCUGCGAGGUAUUCUGUCAAGUUCGAGUAACGAGAACCUUAUCCAAGUGUCACCACCAAGUCCUCAUGAGGUGCGGUGAACGCCCUGAAAAUAUUCUUUGCCGGACCCAAAUUACUAAAACUCUUCCUAUCUGCGGUCACCAAGCUCAAAUGCGAUGCUUUGAAGAUCCCAGCGGAUCAGAAUGCAGCCAGAGAUGUGAGAAGAUACUUAAGUGUGGACAUCAGUGCCCUAACAUCUGCGGGAAACCUUGUGAGUUGUCUGCUAUUGGUCUAACUGACUUCGAAAUCUUUAAAAAGUGUUCAAAACCAUGCGAAAAGAUAUUGGUAUGUGGGCAUCGAUGUCCAAAAAUAUGCAGUGAGCCAUGUCCACUAGAGAAAAAUGAAGUAGCACUGAUGUCUCCAUCGAGAUCUGCCAAAGCCUUUUCCGAAUUUUGUAGGGAGAAAUGUCGUAAAAAAUUAGCUUGUGGGCACCUGUGUCCCAACAAGUGUGGCGAACCCUGUCCGGGACCCCAAAUGGAUCACCGAAGAUAUCCUUCAAACAUUUGGACAAAGUGUCAGGAAAGAGUGCAGAAGAAACUUCCACACUGCAAUCACAGUGUAAAUGUGAGGUGCGAAACGGAUGUCAGUACUUUUAUGUGUCACCGCAGUUGUGAGAAAACUCUGCCUUGCGGCCACAAGUGUCCUAACAAAUGCAGUGAGCCCUGUGCAGGCCUGUUUAUCCCAGUUGUUCCCCAUGGAUCCACACAGCAAGGAAAGCAGACACCACGUGCAAGGUGCGAAGUUGACAGCACGAAGGCUCUGGCAUGCGGUCACAGCACCAGACGCAUGCCGUGCUGGAAGGCAGAACGAGCCGCCAAAAUGCCGUGCAGGGAACCGUGCAGGGAUGAACUUGUGUGUGGUCACAAAUGUGCUGGUACCUGUCAUGACUGUAAUCAAGGUACUCUGCAUAAACCAUGUGCUAAGGUGUGCAACAAGCAGCUCAUCUGUGGUCAUUACUGUAAAAGUGUUUGCGGAAGUGUCUGUUCUCCAGACUGUACGAAAUGCAAUGAAGACCUGAUGCAGGGUACAAGUCAACCUUUAGCGGCAUCUCCCCCUUGUAAACACAAUUUUACUCAUCAUCAGCUGAAGACGAAUGCAUGCGUUCGACCCUGUGACCAACUACUCCAAUGCAGCCAUCCGUGCAUUGGCGUCUGCGGUGAUCCAUGUCCUCCGUUCUGCAAUGUUUGCGACAAAAAGAGCGUCCGAACCAGUUUGCCCAGAGGAAGAAGUCGGCUAAGGGAUGUGUACAUUUAUCUCCCAGACUGUAAACAUCUUUGUGAGAUGCGUUCCCUGGAUAAGAUGUUUGUAGCGAUCAAGAAUGACCUCGAGGGUGGUUACUUUCAGAUUCGUUCUGUUUCGUGCCCAAGAUGCCAGCAACCUAUCCGUCACUGUCCUCGUUACCAAGAUGUCCUCAAGGCUGUCAGUGACUUAGUUGAGAGAGUACGACGUCGUUGCCUCAUCAUUAGAAGACACGUCUUUGGGGUCGGAAGCCCUGAUGUCCAAAGGUGCACUCUACUCGCCUCACCUGGCAUGUCAUUUGAAGUAGGAAGGUGGAUGAGAUGCCACAAUGGUCACGUGUUUCACCAAAAUCGAGGCGAUGAUGACAAACAUUCAGGGCAGCCCAAGGAACCACUUUGCCCACAUUGCUCGCAUGAGUAGCGUCACAUAUAGCUCGUAUUACAGGUGCGUGGAGGAAACCUCCCUAAAUACUUCCUCGGGAGGAAAGUACUGCUCAAGAUUGGUAAUAUCAAAGACACAGAAAUAAAAACAUAAAAUAGAAAAACCGGCCUGUGGCACUAAAGAAUCAUUUAUUUCAACUGAAGGACUUGCAUAACUUCCAAACUGUAUUCGUCGUUGUCUUUCAGUUUACAAUCCACAGGGGAAACAUACAAGACAGCGAAACCUCAAAUUGACCAGAAUGGAGUGCAAAUCUAGAAGGAACAAAUUUGUCAAGAAAAAGUAAUACUGGCGCUAAAAUGAUACCGCGCUAUAUCUCCUCAUCCUUUUAAUAAAAAAUGUUUCAAAGUUAUUUUUUAGGGUUGCAUUUAUUUGUCUUGUAUGCUGAGGAUAGAUUAGUGUUGUUUCAGAAUAUUAUAAUUUCGUAUUAUGGUGGAGUGUCUAAUCUUAGCUUACAAGGCUAUACCUUGUGAGUUUCGUUGUUUCUUAUACGUACAGAGUACCAGUAGAUUUUUGAAAGUAGGCCUAUGUUUGAAGUUAGUAAAAAUAUAAAUACAGUACUUGAAGUAACAGACAUUCGUAUUAUUUAAUAAAUAAAGAUGGAGAUGUAACGAUUUCAAACGGGACUAACUAUUACACAAGUUUAUGAAUUGGAUUCAUAAGAUAACUUUCUGACUAUAAUAAGUUAUGUUACAUAAUUUUCUUGAACGAUCGAGGACACAUGUAUAGUUAGAGAAAAUGCUAAGCGUUGUGUUGAAUCCUUUUUGAAUGUCGUAUGUGACUUUACUGAUUAACGUAGGAAAUGCACUUUCGUGCAAAACAAAUUUAUAAACCAGGUCUUUGGAAUUAAUAGUGGAAAAUGUAUAUGAUGAGGAUGUCACGAACAGGAUUACUGGCCUUGAACAACUUCAAAUUUAUAUCGUUUAUUAUCAUUAAAUAAAUUAUACUUAUCAUCUGCAUUUUAACUUUUGCGACAGACGGCAUUACCGUAUUCCGUUUUGUUUUCAUGGCACUUCACAGAGCAAAGUCGGAUAUAAAGGAAAAUUGAGAACAGAAAGUUUAAAUUCACCAGUUCGUGCUUGUACAAGAAGUGAUUUCCGUUCGCUUCCGUUCUAACAUCAUGCUACGAUUACACAUGACUUCGGUGAAAACUCAGGUACGUGACAUCCUUGCUCAAGGAGGCUGUUAAAAGAACCCCAACCUCCAUAUAUCCACCCAAGGGAUAUUUGCGAGAAUUCUUUUUUUAAAAUUGCUUAAAUUUUGUCUGAAAUGGUAAUUCGGAACGACACCUUGCUUUCAAUAAUUGGGAAUUUUUUGUCAUAGUGUUGUAAUAUAUCGGCAUUAUUUCGUUGCAGGGCAUUUUCAGAUUAGUGCAUUGUUAAAAAUUACUUCCUAAAUUUGCAGGCACUGAAUUAUUUUGUUAAGACGAUAUUUCUUGUCAGUCUGGGUGGUUUGUCAUGGGUGUUCACGCAAUUUGUGCUUCAAAUUCAAGAAAAAUUUUAAAUUAUUGGAUGACAAUUUGAUUUGUGGUGCUACAUUUAUAAUUGGGAGAAUACAAUUUUACAUUGGUUUAGGUAAAACAUUGUGACGUAUGACGUUUGUUCAUAUUUAUUAUUCAGGCACAAACCAGGAUGUUAAUUGCAGUGGAUUUUUUGUCGUGGAAAAUACAGCUUAGGGAGGAUUCCACAACUGUAUUCCUUUUGUUGAUUCAUGGAACAUACAGUUAUAAUGUAUGAGGUUAGAAUUUCGGAUAAAUCACCAAAAACAUCAAUAGUCAACAGACGCAAACUUGGCUUGGGUGGAAUAAUCGCACAUUUAUGGAUGUUCGAGAUGCCCAAUGUUUCGAUUUGUUUGGUUUUACGAUUGAAAACCAAUUUUGGUUUUCUCCAAGAGAACCUGAAAGAUAUUAACCAAUACAAUUAAUUUGGUGUUAGCUUAAAAUUGAGAGAACAUGCGUAUGAGAAAAAUUUAAAAUACGUUUUUUUCGCUCAAUACUAGGUUCAUGCUUUGUUUUCAACUUCUUGUGUGGUGAAGGAAAAAGUUAGUUCGGGGAUAUAAGUAGUAAUUGAAACACGCAAUUGAGUUAACUUGUAAUGUAACCGGUUGUAUAUGAAUGUAUCUAUGAUUUGUUAUUAGUUUUGACUUCUACUUCCAAUAAAAUUGUUAUGUCCGGUAUCUCUAAAUAAGAGCUAUGUCUUACCUUCUCAAAGUAACUGUGAACUUGCUGAAGGGCAUUUUGUAUUUUGAAAGAUUAGGAAUCUUGUCGCAGUUCUCUAAUGUAUUGUCAUGCCAUUUUGUAGGGUAGAAUUCUUUUAAUAAAGCCCUAUUUAAUAUUAAAAAUUACGUUUUUAAUUCACAGGCAUUGAGUUCUUUGGUUAAUAUAACGUCAAAUCAAUCUGUAUGGUUAAUAAGUGACUAUCAAAUUAAUGAUCCGAAUCUGUAAACAAGACGAUUUUCUAGACAAGAUUUGAUUUGCAAAAUGUAAUAUUUCUCAACGAGAUGUUCAGUUUGACAAUGAUUUUGGUGAAAUAUCGUAAAGUCUGACCUUUGCCGGAUGAAAUUCAGCAAUGUUAAUUAGAGUGGUAUGAAGCUCAUGGGAUUAUUGUUGCGGCCUUAGAUUUUAGAUUUUGUGUAAAAAUAGUCCAAGGCUAUAAUUUCAAGGAAAUCGUUUUAGCGAAAUGGCAACAGGCUCGAAGUUUGCUUUGGUAUAGUACCGGCAAUCGCACCGUAAUGGAUAUAACUUUUGAGUAAUGCACAUUGUUUUGAUAUUUGGUUUUUGUAUCACAUUUGAAAACCGAGUUUUUGUUUUUCUAAGAGAUGGAAACCUGUAAGGUAAAUAAAACAACCAAUUGGUAAAUAGAAA